AUGUCUCAGCCAACCAGCCCACCCACUGCAGCCUCAAUCCAAACACCAUCGCAGGACGAAGGGGAAAAAACGAAUCUGGAGCUAGUCCAAGUCUUACCAGGUCACAACGAUCGAGCAUGGUCCGUCGCUUGGCAUCUCACUCGUCCGAUAUUGGCCUCAUCGUCUACAGACAAACAGUUACGACUCUAUCAAUACCAUCUCAGGCCGAAUUUCAUAGACGGGUCGGACUCCAAGCUCGAGUUUCAGUACAUCGAUUCCAUCCCCAGCGCUCAUACUCGUACCGUUAGAUCCAUAGAUUGGUCUCCAAAGGGAGACCUUUUGGCUUCUGGCUCUUUCGAUUCUACUGCUUCGAUUUGGUCGAGCAAUCAUUUCGAGCAAAAAGUCAACCAAGCCGGUCUGAACUCGGAAGACGAAUCAGGAAGGCCUAAAUCACCCAUUCUAGAUGGAGAGGAAGAGGGAGAAGAGAGCUGGGAGUGUUUGAUGUCACUCGAAGGCCACGAGAGCGAAGUGAAAGGUGUCUCGUGGAACCGAAACGGAAAUCUAUUGGCUACUUGCUCUAGGGAUAAGAGUGUUUGGAUUUGGGAGAUCCUGAUCGGAAAUGACUCGCAGGAAAAUCACAACGUUAUGCAAGAUGAUGAGGGCUACGAGGUCAUUUCAGUUCUCAUGGAACACGAACAAGACGUCAAAUCGGUUUGUUGGUCACCAGUAGAAGAUCUGUUGUGCUCGACCUCCUACGACAACAAUAUUCAUCUGUAUGCCGAAGAUGUCACUGCCGAUGGGGAUUUCACCUUACUCCAUCGUCUCAAAGGCCAUCAAUCUACUGUCUGGGACGCCAGCUUCUCACCCUGUGGCGAAUACUUGGCGUCCUGCUCAGACGACCUAUCGAUUCGGAUCUGGCACCGUGAAAAGCUCGCUCAAGGUGGAGUCGAAGGAAGAGAUGGAGGUCUUACUGGGGGGUGGCGAAUUGGUCGUAGUGAAAGAGAACGAUGGACAUGCGUCUCUGUGCUAUCUGGUUAUCAUUCUCGGACGAUCUACUCCCUGGAUUGGACGUUUGCUACGGUUCAUAACCAAAACGAGUCGCAAUGUCUAGGUAUGAUCGUGUCUUGUGGCGGAGACGGUAUUAUCAACGUGUUGAAACUUUCGAAGGGUAUUCCGGUCUCUGGCCUGGACAUUUCGUCUGCUCAGCCGGACGUUGUUCUUUUGGUGCAACGGAAAAAGGCGCACGGGACUAGCGAUAUAAACGAUGUUGCCUGGUGUAAAGUGAAAGCUUCCAACAAAUCGACCGAUUUGGAUCAGUCUGAUUGGCGGACAGGUGUCCACCGACUCUUCGCUAGUUCCGGUGACGAUGGAUCAAUCCGCGUUUGGAGGAUCACCGAAACAUAA